GGAAGAUAGUCGAGUAGCCGGCACGCUAUCCUAAAAAGUUAAGUGGAAGCGUCGGGACCCCACAGAAGCCGUAAGAUCGGUAUACUACUGUACAGAAAACAAAACGUCAUGGAGUAGCCCCUCUCGUUAAUUAUGGCGACAAAGACUCCCACCGUGAAGCUGGCCUCCGGCUAUGAAAUGCCCAUAGUUGGGUUCGGUAUCUGGAAAGUACCGAACGAGACUUGUGCUGAUCAAGUCUAUAACGCUAUCAAGUUAGGUUACAGACACAUCGAUGGCGCUUGGGACUAUACAAAUAGCGCUGAGGCUGGUAAAGGCGUGCGGAGGGCUAUCGAAGAGGGAAUCGUGAAGCGUGAAGACUUGUUCAUAACAUCGAAGCUAUGGAACAACUACCACGCUCGCGAGCAUGCGUUCGAGAUGGCCAAGCUAGAAAACGAAGCGUGGGGUCUGGGAUACUUGGACCUAUUCUUGAUCCACUUCCCCAUCGCGCUAGAGUUCAUCCCAUUCGACAAGAUCCGCUAUCCCUGCUUCUGGUCCGACAAGGAGCAGACCCAGGUUACUCCGCUGGCAAAGGUACCCAUCUCGGAGACGUGGAAGGCGCUGGAGGAUAUGGUCCAGACUAAGGAGAACCCGAACGGGUUCAUCAGGAGCAUCGGGGUAUCAAACUUCCAGCCCCAGCUAAUCUACGACUUGCUGUCGUAUGCGAAGAUCCCUCCGAGUGUCUUACAGAUCGAGCACCACCCGUAUCUAACUCAGCAGGGGCUUAUCGCUCUGGCGCAAGAAAACAACAUCGCGGUAACGGGUUACUCGACAUUCGGCCCACAAAGCUUCAUCGAGAUGGGGCAUGCCAAGGCCAAGGAGGUUAAGCCGCUAUUCGAGACGGAAGUGGUACAGAGCAUCGCGGCGAAGCACGGCAAGUCCCCCGGACAAGUUCUACUUCGAUGGUGCACUCAGCGCAACAUCAUCGUCAUCCCCAAGUCCAACAGCGUCGAGCGACUAAAGCAGAACCUGGAAUGCUGCUCUUUCGAUCUGAGCGAGGACGAAAUCAAGCAGAUUUCAUCUUUGGAUAUUGGUCUGCGAUUUAACGACCCUUCCACUCUACAAAGGCCUAUUAGAAUCUUCGGUUAAGGACGGUAUGAUGAUCAAGUCUUCCAACCUAAGUACCUAAAAUAAGCAGGUUAGAUCACCUAGGUAGGUAGGUAGUUAGAAGCUUCAAAAUAAUAAGGUAAAAUACAUAAUUCUUCAUUUCGCACUAUUUCACUUGUGUGAUAGCGUUGUUUGUUUGAGAGAAAACAUAAAAUAGCAGCAAUACAAUACCUAGGUACGUAAUGAAAUACAGAGAAGUAUAUGUAUUGUACCAAGG